CUUCAUAAUUCAAUCGGUAAUCGGUUCAUUGGUUCAUUGCAGUUUCACAAAAUUUUAAUACCUACAUCAAGUGCGAAUUUCAAAGCAAAGUUCACUUGUUCAUUUGUGUUUCAAACUUGAACUUAAGUAGAUAGUAGGAUUGGGAGACUGCUGAUUCAAGACUUUCUAAAAUAUUAGUUUUAGUUCCGCUGUCAGUUAUCGACUAUCGACUGCUGAGUUCAUGUCCUGCUUGCUUGGGAUUCUGGGGACAAUGUAAAUUUUUAUUGCAAGUGCCUACUACAUUGAAAAAUUAUCAAAUAAUGUCACAAACGGUGCCUCUUAUUGUACGACUUUUAGCAUCUUCAGUAUCUGUUGCUAACAGAGCUGGAAAAAUUGUAAGAGAUGUGAUGAGCAAAGGGGAACUUGGUAUUGUUGAAAAGGGAAAGGAUGAUUACCAAACAGAAGCUGACAGAUCAGCUCAGAGAUGUAUUAUUGCCUCACUCUCAGCACAGUAUCCAAAGGUGAACAUUAUAGGUGAAGAAGAUGGAAAUGAGAGUCAAACCUCUGGAGAAUUCCUAGUUUUAGAUGGUGAUAGUGAAAUAUUAGCUUUAGAAUGUCCUAAAAGUUUGCUUGGAGUAAAAGAAGAAGAUAUUGUUGUUUGGGUUGAUCCUUUGGAUGGUACAUCAGAAUAUACUCAAGGUGCCUUAAUGUUGAAGAGAGAUCCAUGGGAAAGAUGGAAAAUGUACUUAACUCAUCCAUUUAUCAGUAUCAAAUGGUAUUUAAGUUUACUGCAAUCAAACUAUGGCUUUCUUGAACAUGUGACUGUACUCAUAGGGAUAUCAGUAAAUGAAAAACCUGUUGCUGGUGUGAUACAUCAGCCAUAUUAUAAAACCAUGGUAGGCAGUGAAAAAAAGUUGGGUCGCACAAUUUGGGGUUUAAAAGACGUUGGCGUUGGUGGAUUCACAAUUGCACCACCACCUGAUUCCUUAAUCAUCACCACAACUAGAAGCCAUUCAAACCCACUUGUUGAAAAUGCUCUUCAAGUAAUGAAGGCUGCGCAAGUACUUAGAGUUGGUGGAGCAGGUUUCAAGGUUUUGCAACUUUUGGAAGGAAAAGCAUCAAUUUACGUUUUUGCAAGUCCAGGAUGUAAAAAAUGGGACACAUGCGCCCCUGAAGCAAUAUUAAAUGCAGCUGGUGGAAAAUUAACAGAUAUUCUUGGAAAUUUUUACAAAUAUGGAGCAUCUGUAUCAAAACCUAACAAAACUGGUGUACUGGCAGCUGUUAGUACUGACCUUCAUGAUUAUGCUCUUAGCAGAAUACCACAAGAUUUAAAGGAAAGGCUUACUAACUAAUUAUAAAUGU